AUGACAGAACAUGGGACCUGUUCUGUUGAAUCCCAUGGAAAUGAUGCCCAGAGUCAUCUUGUUUACCUCAAAAGUCAAUCAGAAAGUGAGUCAACAGCAAAUAAAUUCCUGGAUGAUUAUGAUAAGACAGCUCAAGUUGUGUGGAAUGAGUACAUGGAGGCUCUUUGGAACUACAGCACCAACAUCACUAAUCAUAACCUCCAGCAGAUGAUGGAAAAGGACUUCCUGAUGGCUCAGCACACAUCGUACUAUGGCAUGAAAGCUCGCCACUUUAACACCACCAGCUUUAGGAACCCGCUACUGAAGCGAACUCUGCGGAAGAUGAGGGAAAUGGGCAGCGCCAGCCUACCCAUGGAUGACCUUAAGGAGUACAGUAAACUUCUAACAAAUAUGGAGAAUAUCUACAAUAUGGCUUGUGUGUACCCAGACGGGAAACCUUGUUUGUCCCUAGAACCUGGCCUUUUAGACUUGAUGGCUUCCUCCCGGAACUAUGAUGAACUACUCUGGGCCUGGAAAGGUUGGAGGGAUUCUGUGGGCCAGGAGAUCCGCCCCCUCUACAGUCGGUAUGUGGAGCUCAGCAACAAGGCUGCUAGGCUCAAUGGUCACAAGGAUAUGGGGGCUUCAUGGAGAGCAGUAUAUGAAUCAUCCACCUUGGAGAAAGACCUUGAGCGACUCUUCUAUGAAGUGAAGCCACUCUACCUAAACCUACAUGCUUAUGUGCGCCGAAUUCUUUACCAUUACUAUGGGUCUCAAUACAUUAGCCGGAAAGGACCCAUUCCUGCCCACCUAUUGGGGAAUAUGUGGGCUCAGUCUUGGACCAACAUCAUUGACAUGGUCAUACCCUUUCCUUUAUCCACCAAAAUGGAAAUCACCAUGGCCAUGAAGAGCCAGCACUGGACACCCUUUAAGAUGUUUGAGGAGGCUGACAAAUUCUUCCAGUCUCUAGGGCUGCUCCCUGUUCUCCCUGAAUUCUGGACCAAAUCGAUGCUGGAGAAGCCAUUGGAUGGAAGAAAAGUGUCAUGCCAAGCCUCUGCUUGGGACUUCUACAAUGGCAAGGACUUCAGGGUAAAGCAGUGCACACAGGUGAACGUGGAAGAUCUGAAGUCUGUCUUCCAUGAGAUGGGCCAUAUCCAAUAUUUCAUGCAGUACAAGAAUCUGCCCGUGGUACUCCGAGAGGCUGCCAACCCAGGCUUCCAUGAGGCCAUAGGGGAUGUGGUGGCCCUCUCCGUCUCUACCCCCAAGUACCUUCACAACUCAGAGCUGCUGGUCACUGACAUAGAGGACUAUGAAAGUGAGAUCAACUUCCUUAUGAGCAUAGCAUUGGAAAAGAUUGCCUUCAUUCCCUUCAGCUACGUGGUGGACCAGUUUCAAUGGAAGGUCUUUGAUGGCCAAAUCAGCAAGGAAUUUUACAAUCAGGAAUGGUGGAACCUGAGGUUGAAAUAUCAGGGAGUGUGCCCACCAGUGCCAAGGUCAGAGGAAGACUUUGACCCAGGUUCUAAGUUCCACAUUCUUGGCAAUGUGCCUUAUAUCAGGUAUUUUAUCAGCUUUGUGAUCCAGUUCCAAUUCCACGAGGCUCUGUGCCAAGCCUCUGGCCACACAGGCCCCCUGCACAAAUGUAACAUCUAUAGCUCCCAAGAUGCAGGAAAACUCCUAGGGGACGUCAUGAAACUUGGAUUCAGUAAGCCAUGGCCAGAGGCAAUGAAGAUGAUCACUGGGCAGUAUAACAUGUCAGCAAAACCCCUCAUGAAGUACUUUAAGCCUCUCCUGGACUGGCUUGUUGCUGAGAAUGUGGGUCAUAAUGAGAUCCUGGGCUGGUCUGAGUCUGACUGCUUCAUCUCUAAUGGGAAAAGAAAAAUGAGCUUCCUGUCCCUAAAUUUGAACUACCAUGAUGCCAUUGCUGGGCAGUGGGUACUGCUGACCCUCUGUCUGUUCCUAGUCCUGAUCGUAGCAAGUCUGCUUUAUAAGAUUCUAUCCAAGGGCCAGAUGUCUGAUCCAAACAAGGAAGUCAAGUUUCUGGGGAUCUCCAUGAAGAUCCAGAAUGUUAUCAGGAGCCAGUACCUGCUCUUCAGCCUCAGUCUGUUUCUCCUGCUGUCUGUGGUGAUGCUAUCUGCCUAUGUCUUCAUCCUCAGCUCCAAGAAAUCCUAG